GAAAAAGAUAAAGACGAAUAAUUGAGCAAGAGGCAACGAAUUAGAUCCACUACAAGUCUACGACCGAACCAGAUACUUCGUCUUCCACGUUUGGGUACGCUUCUUUUUGGAUUUGGGUUUCCAUCUUCAAUCAAAGAAAUGCCGGUGAGAGUAGUGGAGGCUUCCGCACCUUCUCAAGUUUCAGGUGCAAAUUCUGGACAGACAUCGCCGCCAGCAUGUACGCUUUUGAGUGUUGGACAGGCCUUCUCUGGUACUCAGAAUGUAUGUAGUCUACAGAAAGAUGAAGCGUGGAGAGUUAAUGUACGAAUACAGGGAUGUGACCUCGAACAUGGAUAUCUGUGUGGCACCAUGGAAGCUCUCAAUGUUCCUAUGGCAGACACACCGGUAGUAACCUUCUGGGAAGGUGAGAUUGUUGAUACAAAGAAUUAUACUUUCUUCACUGGAAAAUGGGAAGCAAAGCCAGACGAUGAUAUAAGGCAUUGGACCAAGUUUCCAUCCUUUUCUCCCCUUGCGAGUCAAGUGGCGGUUGAUGGUGGCAAAUCUUUGGACCUGAGUAACCAUCCCUAUAUAUUUAUGAGAUGGAAAGAGCAGAACUUUGUGAAUGUUGGGACAGACUGUGGGUUAACUAUAGCUGGGUUUUACUAUGUUUGUUUCUCUUGUAGUGAUGGCUCCAUCAGUGGCUUCUAUUAUGAUCCUAAUAGCAGCCCAUUUCAGAAGCUUGAGUUAAAAUCAACCAAUGAGGGAAGAUCAGGUUUCAGUUUUUCAUCAUACGAGUUGCAAUAAAUGGAUGAACAAGCAUUUGAUUUUUUGGUUAUCACUGUAUUGAGCUACUCGUGGUCAGGUGAAUUGCUUGAUUUACAUCUUGGAAAGACUAGGGAGAUUAUGCAAGAAGCUCAGUGAAAGCUGUUCUAGCCAUGUGAAAUGUGAAGUUUAUCUUGUAAAAAUUGACAAGUGAUAUGCAUCUCUUUGUAUGUGUUAGGUGCUAGUCAAGAACUACGUUGAAGGAAUACUUAUUGUAUAUGAAUUCAAGUUAAAACAGUGCUAUCUUUUUAAA